CUACAUUAAAUUAUUGUCUCAAUUUCUUUGUCACUUUUGUUUGCAUGGGAUUGUGGUGCUCAAAAUUCCCAACAAGUGGUAUCAGAGCUAUUGGUAGAGCUCCUAGUGUUGUGGAGAAAUGCAAACUGAAGCCAUGAAGUAUUCAAUUGAGUUGUUUGAUGGCAAGAAUGACUUUUCUCUAUGGCAAACUACUGUGAAGGAUGUCCUUACUUAUCAAGAACUUGAUGCAGCUUUAGAAGAGACCAAGCUGGCUGACAUGAAGGGUAGUGAUUGGAGUACUAUCCAAAAGAAGACAACAAGUCAAAUUUGGCUGACGCUUGCACUGGAGGUGAAAUGUAACGUCAUUUCAGAGACUACACCAAUAGGCAUGUGGAAGAAGCUUGAAAAGAUAUAUGCUUCAAAAUAUUUAACCAAUUGGAUAUGUUUAAAGAUGGGGCUAUAUCAAUUGAAGAUGGCAAAAGGCACUAAUAUUGACAAGCACUUAUUUGGUUUCAACAUGAUGGUGACACAAGUAGUGAAUGCUGGGGAUAUUCUAGAAAAAGAAGAGAAAGCUUUGCUUUUACUUACAUCCUUGCCGAAGUCUUAUAAGUCCCUAGUGUAGAACACAUAGUUGUCCGUACUGUUUCAUACCAGUUGUACCAGUUUUGUAAGUUGACUGAAACGAUAUGGAUUUGAAUUUCGUUUCGGUCAAAUGUCAGAUAUUUCGGUCAAAUUUCAAUGUAUCGGUUGAAAUUUAGUGUAUCGGUCGGUUCACCGAAAUUGAAUCAACACAAUUCAAAUCU